AUGGAUUGUCCCAAGAAAAGCAACAAGGAGCCUAUUGACUCAACAUUCUUCCGCGGAGGUAUUGGCGGGCUAUUGUAUGUAGCAAGGAUGACUCGACCUGAAUUGAUGUACGCAAUCACCGCCGUCUCUAGGUACUGUGAAGAUCCAGGCAAGCCUCACUGGGAGGCAGUCAAACGAUCUCUGUCCUACCUGGCCGGGACCAUGGACUACGGACUGUGCUACGGAGGAGACCAACUCACCAAUACGCUCGUCACCUAUACAGAUUCUAACUUCGCAGCCUGUCCCGACACCAGAAGGUCAACUAGUGGCACCCUCUUCAUGUUCAACGGUGGUCCAAUCGCUUGGAACAGUCACCUGCAGAAAUCUGUGGCGCAAUCAACUUGUGAGGCGGAGUACUAUGCAGCUGGCCUCGGAUCUCGCUCGAUUGUGUGGCUAAGAAACCUCCUUGACCAACUUGGAUUCAAGCAAACGCAACCAACUGCUCUCAUGUGUGAUAACGAGAGCGCAAUCCGGACGGUACUCAACCCUGUGUUCCACGAACGAAACAAACACAUUGAGUUGAAACAUCACUACAUCCGAAUGCAGUACGAGACCGGCAAAUUGAAAAUGGUUCAUGUCCCCUCCAAAGACGAGCUAGCCGACAUUCUCACAAAGCCGCUUGCUAGAGUCAGCUUUGAACUCAACAGAUCAAGAAUUGGAGUGCGCCAAAUGCCACAUGAUUUGCUUCAAGAUUGA